ACACUGAAGACGCUAGUGAAUAUGCAAACUUUGAAGGCAGUGCUACGAAAAGAAACCACAGUCAAAAAUAGAGACAAAAAAUAUAUGCGUAAGACCACUUAAUCUGUUUAAAAGACCUUUUCAAAAUCUUGAUAAUUUCUAAAUUCUCCUCAUCUUUUUGCCUUUUCAAUCAGGCAAUGGUGUUUGGAUUGCCAAUUUGCCUGUUCGUUUACAACUUCAUCAACUACUGAGUGCUAAACGAAGAGCAUAGUUCUACUAGGUACCAAAGAGGGAUGAUUCUUGGGAACCUCAGUGAAGUGAGUGAAUUCAGACUCCUGGGUUUUUCUGAAAUCUCUCAUUUGCAUCCUUUGCUCUUUGCAGUUUUAUUAUCUCUUUAUAUUCUCACCUUGAUGGCUAACACAGUGAUAGCUCUGAUAAUAAAUGGUGAUAACACCCUUCAUUCCCCUAUGUAUUUCUUCCUCACUCAGCUGUCCUGUUUGGAUAUGUGCUAUUUGUCAGUCAUAAUUCCAAAUAUUCUUGAGAAUCUGAUGGUGGGAACAAUAGGUAUCUCCAAGGCGAGAUGUGCCAUGCAAAUGUUUUUCUUCCUUUUCUUUGGAGUUGCCGAAUGUUUUCUCUUGGCUGCCAUGUCACUUGACCGUUAUGUGGCAAUUUGCUGCCCCUUGCAUUACACUCUUACCAUGAACAGUAGAGUCUGCAAAAUUCUGGUUGCUGGGACCUAUGCUUGCGGAACUGCUGUAGGCUUGGUGCACACCAUCAUAACAUUCCGCUUACCCUUCUGUGGUUUUGCCAUCGACCACUUUUUCUGUGAGAUUCAACCCCUCCUGGACCUGCUUUGUGGUAACACUUUCCCAAGUGAAAUUCAAGUCAUUGUGGUGGCUGUCUUUGCUAUUUUGUGUCCCUUCUUGUUGAUCAUUUAUUCAUAUAGUAGCAUAAUUUCUACAAUUCUUCAGAUGUCAUCAGCUGAAAGCCAGCAGAAAGCAUUUUCCACUUGCUCCUCACACCUUUUAGUUGUGAUUCUUUUUUAUGGUACAGCAAGCUCCAUGUAUUUGCGGCCAAAAUACACAUAUUCCGCAUCUGUUGAUAAAUUUCUCUCACUUUCUUAUUCUGUGGUGACUCCUUUGUUGAAUCCUAUUAUUUAUAGUUUGAGGAAUGAAGAGGUGAAAAGGGCCUUGAGAAAAAAAUUGAGAAAUAUUAAUUUAUUGUGGAAAUGA